CUGUCACCCUCACUCUCGUUUUCCCAACCUUGUCUCGAUCGACACCUUCCCCUCCUUUCUUUUCAUUGAUUUAAGUUUUCGCUUUUCCGUUUUUCACUUCCCUUUGUCUCACAAAUAAUGUCGCCCGUGGGACUCCGAUGAGAUCCUGAUCAAGCCACCGUCGCCAUGGUCUCCCUAUGGCCCUUCAAGGGUGAAGACAACUCCCCCGCCUUUUUCGAAAAGACUCUCGCUAGUCUCUCCUCCAAGAUUACCCAGUCCACCACCCGUCUGGACACAACCCGCCAACAUGCCCGCCGCUUCAAAGCUCUUUGGACCCUCUACACCACAUUCGCCUACCUUCUCUACUCCAUCAUCUUAGCUCUAGUCCUAGGCUGGCAGAACUGGGGUGUCGCCGAAUAUGCCGCCAUUGCCGGGGGUCCCGUUGUGAUCUACGCUGUUCGCGCCCUCGCCACCCGCUUCUACGACUUCCGAAUCAGCAAAACCCAACGCUACCUGGAUGAGCUUCAAAAGCAACGCGACGAGACUAUCGAAAAACUCAAAGCCGCCACAAAAUAUAAUUCCACGCAGCAGCUCCUCGAGAAGUACGCCGGCGAUUCUCCGAGGCAGCAACCACGCCCAAAAAGCAGUGACGACAGCCAUAAGCCCUCUCCCAAGCAGAGAUCUCAACAACAGCAACCCCCGGUUGAGCGCACCGGGAUUCCCCCGCCACCAACGGCUAACAUUCGCCGCCCCUCACCGCCGGGCCCGUCCACUCCUCAACAGCAACAAUCCCUCCCUCCACAGCAGAUACCGUCGCCGAAUGUCCCUCCUCCGCAGCCUUCACCAGCCUUCGAUGAUCCAGGCUUCGCACCCAACGCCUUCCCCAGUGCCCCGCAAUACGUCGAACAGUCGCACUGGUACGACCGCCUCCUCGACGUGCUACUCGGCGAAGACGAAACGCAACCCAAGAACCGCACGGUGCUGAUCUGCAGCACGUGCCGACUGGUCAACGGACAGGCGCCGCCGGGCGUGAAAUCGUUGGAGGAGCUAGGCCGCUGGCGAUGCUGCGGCUGCGGGGCGUGGAACGCUGAGAAGAGCGAAGCCAGUAAAGUUCUGGCUGGGAUCAAAGAUCAGCACCAGGAGGCUGCCGAGCCGGCGUGGGAGCCUGUCUCUAAAACCGAUGCGGCAUCAGUAGGAGAUGGCACGGACGAUGGGGUUAUGGUGGCGAGCAGUGAGGACGAUCUGGCGGAGUUUCGGGGGUCGGACGCAGAGGCUGACCAGGAGGAAGAGGAGAAACCGGAGCCGAGUGUGAAGGGGAAGCGUGGACGGGGUAAAAAGAAGGGCUAGUGGAUGGUUUACGCAACUAUGAUUUGUAGUAUCCACAUACUCUAUUCACUUUUAUCUUGCAUGGCGGUGUUUGUUUAUAGAUAGCCAUAUGAUCCCUGUGCCAUAGUACUCUAAUCACUCGAACUACA